UGGAGGAUGCGCCUGCGGAGAGGAUCGGCUUCGAUUGCACUUGAAAUCGAGCGCGAAGACGAAGACCGGACGUUCGCGGCGGUCGUCGAACUCCCCUGCCAUGAGAAGAGCGAGGAAAAAAAAAGGGAGAAGCGGAGACAAGAUUGGAGAACGCAAGCCAGUCGGAAAGAGAGUGCUUUCUUCGUGAAUCGGCGACGGUGAAGGUCCUCGUAUAUAAGCAACUGCCGGUACAGCAAUUGUCAGUGUGACUCGUCUCAUCGCAAACACCUAUCGGCUUAUACCUGUGAACUGGAUAACACGAUGCUGCGAUUAUUAUUGUUUACCUUGGCCGUGACCACCGCGAGGGCCUCUCAUUUCUCCUCCUUGGGAGGUUUGGGAGGCCAUGGCUACGGCAGCGAGCCGAAACUCAUCUCUGAAUCGGUCCACCUGAAAGAAAUACCCACGAAAAUCAUCAAGGUCACCAAGACCGCAGUCAUCAAGGUUCCAGUGCCGUAUCCAGUCAAGGUGCCCCAUCACAUACCAGUCCCGGUGCCAGUAAACCAUCCCAUCGCAGUUCCGUACCCGAAGGUAGUGAAAGUCCAGGAACACUUGCCCGUCGCGGUGCCCAAGCCAGUCCCGAUCGAGAUUCAUCAGCAAGUGCCGUUGGUGGUGCCCAAAGCGGUGCCAAUACCGCAUCCUAUUCCUGUUCCACACCCGGUAGCUGUGCACAAGCCCGUCUUCUACCCGGUACCGCACCCGAUACCUUAUCAGGCGCACAGCGAAUUCGAGGGCGGAGGCGGAGGUGACGGCCACGGCUCGUCGAGCGACCACGUUGGCCACCAGUCGGAGAGCUACAGCUCUUACACGGCGAACGACCAGGGCCACGGUGGAUACGAUCAACAGCAAGGUGGACACGAGCAGUUCCAGCCUUCUCAGCCCGACUACAAUGCGCAUUAUUGAGUAGUCGCCUUGUAUGCUCGCUGGGAAAGAUACGACCACGUCGUAAAUCGUACAAGUUGCAGGGGUGCGAGUGGACAGAAAAGAGAAAGAGUGAUCGAAUAAAUGGGAGUACUGUGGAAGAAGGAAAGAUCAGUCUUGGAUAGAAUGUGGGAAAGUGUCGGGUCGUUUUUUCUGGCUGGCAGGUCCCGCGGGGUCUGAAAAAGACGCGUUAGAAUUCGAGUCGCGAUUACUUUCAGGACUGAUGUUUCUUUCUCGUGGAUCUGGACCUUUCGAUGGGUUGCGGUAACGUAGCUAACAGUCGAUGACUGUAGCCACGAGAAACAGCGGUUGGUAGUUGAAGAGGGUGUUUUGAAAUAUUCGAUGCCUUUAUUGAUUAAUUGCGCUCCGUAUCGUUAAGUCUGUCUUGUUAAGUUUGUAAUUAUUAUUUGUUUUUGUUGAUUACUGUUUUCUCUCUGCUAUAUUUUUCAAAUAAACGUUGAUGACUAUGAAACCUGC